CUAAUUUUAAUUGGAAGGUCUAAUUUCAACAAGUAGCGAAGAGCCGCAGCACCUUUAACCCUUCCGUUCAUCCCAAACCGGCCGACAAAGAUCCUUCCUUCUUCCUUAUUUACCUUCAAUAAGCUUGAAUUUAGCGGUUUAAUUGGUAUAAAGUGAAAAAGAUGGGGGUGAAGAUAGCAAACGAUGUAAAUCCUGUGCCCCUUGUAGAAAAGGGCAUUUCCGAAGAAGAAGAUAUGAAUGUAAUGAAGUAUCUGAGAGGUGAAGCUGCUAAUUUAGAGGUUUUACAAGAUAAAAAAUUAAAGGGCCAGCUAGCUGUGAGGGAAGAUUUGUAUGGAAAAUCUGCAAAAGCUGCUGCGAAGGCUGAGAAGUGGCUCAUGCCCAGUGAAGGGGGUUAUUUGGAAGCAGAAGGUAUUGAGAGAACGUGGAACAUUAAGCAGGAAGCAAUCGCUCGUGAAGUGGACAUCUUGGGUUCAAGAAACCAAUAUGAUAUUAUCUUGCCAGAUCUUGGUCCAUACUCCCUGGAUUUCACCCCUAGCGGUCGGUAUAUGACAGUAGCUGGACGAAAGGGUCAUGUGGCCAUUCUAGACAUGAAAAAUAUGAACCUUAUUAAAGAAUUUCAGGUUAGGGAAACUGUGCAUGAUGUGGUGUUCCUGCACAACGAGAUGUUUUUUGCUGCUGCCCAGAAGAAGUACACGUAUAUAUAUGACCGCAAUGGUACUGAACUGCAUUGCCUGAAGGAACAUGGUGCUGCACUGAAGCUUCAGUUUUUGAGCAAACAUUUCUUAUUAGCAUCGAUAAACAAAUUUGGGCAGCUCCAUUAUCAAGAUGUCACGACAGGGGAGAUGAUAGGCAAUUUCCGAACUGGUCUAGGUCGGUCCGAUGUAUUGCAGGUAAAUCCCUUCAAUAGUGUAGUUGCUGUUGGCCAUUCUGGUGGCACAGUAAGCAUGUGGAAGCCAACCAGUUCUGCUCCUCUUGUCAAGAUGUUGUGUCACCAUGGCCCUGUUACGGCUUUGGCAUUUCAUUCCAAUGGCCAUCUCAUGGCAACGGCUGGUAUGGAGAGGAAGAUAAAGAUUUGGGACUUAAGGAAGUUUGAGGUUCUGCAAACUUUACCAGGACAUACCAAGACGAUGAAUUUCAGUCAGAAAGGUUUGCUCGCUACUGCCUCUGGAUCUUUUGUACAGAUAUUGAGAGAUUUCUCAGGAUCACAUAAUUACAGCCGCUAUAUGAGCCAUUCCAUUGCCAAAGGUUACCAAAUUCAAAAGUUGGCGUUCAGACCCUAUGAAGAUGUUUUGGGCAUCGGGCACUCCAUGGGUUGGUCAUCUAUCUUGAUUCCUGGAUCCGGAGAACCCAACUUUGACUCUUGGGUGGCGAAUCCAUUUGAAACUUCUAAACAGAGGAAAGAGAGGGAAGUGCAUUCUCUUCUUGACAAACUCCCACCUGAGACUAUCAUGUUGAACCCAACCAAGAUUGGUUCUGUGAAACCUACAAGAAAGAGAGAAAAGCUCGCUAAACAGGAGAUAGAGGCCGAAUUGGAGGAUGCUGUCGAAGCUGCAAAAAGUAUUUCUUUCAAGAAGAAAACGAAAGGUAGGAGUAAGCCAAGCAAGGUGGCAAGGAAGAAGAAAGAAGCAGUAGAGAAGGCUAAGAAGCCUUUCUUGGAACAACAAGCUAAAGGGGAAGGGUUAUCGAAAAAGAAGAGGAAGAACAUAGAAGAGGAAAAUCAACUGCCUAGAUCUCUGCAGCGGUUUGCUAAGAAGAGACAAGCAAAUUGAUGUAGCCCAUCUUGCAUUUUUGGUUUUAACUUUAAAAUCUUGGCGCAAAUGGUUCCAAACCUUUGUAGUUUUGGCACACUUGGUCCUUGAUUUUGCAUGAAACACACUUUUCUAUCAAUUUUGGUGAAGGUAGCAAUGUUGUCCUUAAUUAAUUUUUCUUCCAAGUU